AUGGAUGACGACGACUUGAAGAGGAUUCGCGAAGAACGUCUGCGCCAGCUCAAGCAGCAAGCCGGCAAUGGCGGUGGCGGUGGUGGUGGCGGCGGCUCGUCGGAAGAGCAGCGCCAGAAGCAGCAGCAACAGCAAACGAACGGCUGUACUGACAACCACAAAGGAAGGAACCUCCUCAACCAGAUCCUCGAACCCGACGCGGCCGAUCGCCUUGCCCGCAUCCGCCUCGUCAAGGAGGAGCGCGCUUCUGCCGUCGAAGACCGUCUGCUGAUGCUCGCCCAGUCCGGUCAGCUGCGCGGCAAGGUCUCGGAAGACCAGCUCAAGGACAUGCUGACACGCCUGUCGGCCGCCGAAGACGCGAAGCGCGGCACGAGCAGCUCGGCUGGGCGCAUUGUGGUCGACCGCCGCACCAAGGGCGGCUUUGACGACGAUGACCUGGAUCUGGACAUUUGA